UUAACAUAUGAUUUGAAUUGAACAUUUAAGAAUGUAAUAUUGAUUAUGUUGUGGACUUUUCAUUAAAAAAAAAAGUAAAAGUGAUGGCAGCAUUAUUUUCGUCUUCGUUAUUAAUACCUUUUAGUCGAAAAAAUCGUUUUUUCACUUAUAAACGGUGGUUGAUAUGUAUGUAUCAAAAACAAAUUUCCGAGUUUUCUACUAACACUAGAGCAAGUUUUAGUACUUUGACAGCAAAAGACAUUGACUUUUUUCGAACUUUUUUGGAGCCGAGUAGUAUAAUAACGCAACCCGAUGAUUUGCGUUUGUACAAUAUUGAUUGGUUAAAAAGCCACACAGGAAAAAGUUCUUUGGUACUUCGUCCUAAAAAUACUGAGCAAGUGUCGCAAAUUUUAGCAUACUGCAAUGAAAAAAAUUUAGCAGUUUGCCCACAGGGGGGCAAUACUGGCCUAGUUGGAGGCAGUAUACCUAUAUUUGAUGAAAUAGUAAUUUCUAUGAGUUUGAUGAAUAAAGUUUUGGAUUUUGAUGAUAAUUCAGGGACAUUACAAUGUCAAUCUGGUUGUGUACUAGAAUCUUUAGAGAACUUUGUCAAUAAAAAAAAUUAUACUGUGCCAGUAGAUUUAGGUGCAAAAGGGAGCUGUCAAAUUGGAGGAAACCUUUCAACAAAUGCUGGUGGUUUAAGAUUUCUUCGAUAUGGAUCAUUACAUGGAAAUGUACUUGGAUUGAAAGCUGUUUUAGCCAAUGGAAAAAUUAUUGAUUGUAUGAAUACCAUGAGAAAAAACAAUACUGGGUAUGAUUUAAAACACUUGUUUAUUGGUUCUGAAGGAACUCUUGGCAUAAUUACUGAGGCAGCCAUACUGUGUUAUCCAAAAAGUCCAGAAACUUCAGUAGCAUUUUUGGGUAUUCAUCAAAGAAUAUUGAUUUUAAUAACAGGAUAUUGUAUUAAAAAAGUUUUCCUAAGAUGUUAUACAAUUCUUAUUUCGACGUUGGUGUAUUUUAUAGGAUUAAAUUCCUUUGAACAGUGUCUAAGCACAGCAAAAGUGAUUCAACAAAAAUUACCGGAAGUGCUUUCAUCACUAGAAAUGCUGGAUGAUGCAGCAGCGGAUACACUUAGAGACAACUUAAAAAUUUCUCCACCAAUAUCAAAACAUCCAUUUUACAUUCUGGUUGAAAUAUCUGGAUCAAAUCAACAACACAAUGAAGAAAAAUUAAAUGACUGCUUAACUUAUUUAAUGGAGAAAAAUCAUGUUAGUGAUGGCACUGUUGCAACUGAACCCAGUCGCAUUAAGACAAUUUGGGAAGUUCGAGAAAGAAUAACAGAGGCAUUACUUCUAGAAGGAUAUGGCUACAAGUAUGACAUAUCGCUACCUCUUGAUGAAUUUUAUAAAAUAGUGGAAAUCAUGAGGGAGCGUUUAGGACAGAAAGUGACCAGAUGUGUAGCAUAUGGUCAUUUAGGAGAUGGUAAUUUACACUUUAAUGCAACCAGUCGAAAAUUUGAUUCCAGCAUUUUGUCAUUAAUAGAGCCAUUUAUUUAUGAAUGGACUUCUGAACGAAAGGGCAGUAUAAGUGCUGAGCAUGGAAUUGGAUUUAAGAAAUCUAAAUAUUUACAUUUUAAUAAGACAACUAAUGCAAUAUCAUUAAUGAAAUCUAUGAAGCAAAUGAUGGAUCCUAAAGGCAUAUUAAAUCCAUAUAAAGUUUUACCGAAUUAAUAUCUGAUAUUUCUAACAGAUAUAUAUAUAUAUAUAUAUAUUUUAUACACAUGUUAUAUGUAACAAAAUUUUUUUAUCUAGAAUAAAAUGUUUUAUUUAUGUAUUGCAGUCAUCCCACUUUUAUUAUGGUGAUACAUA